GUGAUGAUGUCAGUGAGUGAAACAGCAGCAGAUAUGAGCGUGAUGGAUCUUUAUAAUCAUCUGACAGCACAAGGAGAAACAGUCAGAAACCUCAAAACAAACAAAGCUCCUAAAAUGAACGUGGUACCUUCAGACGUUUGGAAAUUGCUCCCAAUGAUGAACCAGACUUGUGGAGGUCCACAGUUUAGUUUCUGAGGUCUUGGCUGAUUUCUUUUGAUUUUCCCAUGAUGUCAAGCAAAGAGGCUCUGAGUUUGAAGGUUGAUAUUGAUGCUGCUGUUCAGUUAUUAUUGAAGAUGAAGGUUGAUUAUAAACAAGUCACCGGUCAGGACUAUAAGGCCGGAUGUCCGCCGGUGGUUGGUGUGGUCUCGAUUGAUAACGGAUCAGCUGUGGAGGAGGGAGACGAUCAGGUCGAUCCGUGGACUGUGUCCACCAGCAAUGCUAAAGGAGUGGACUAUGAUAAACUUAUCGUGCGGUUUGGCAGCAGUAAGAUCGAUCAGGAGCUGGUGGACAGAAUCGCUCGUGUCACUGGAAAAACGCCACAUCAUUUUCUGCGCAGAGGAAUCUUCUUCUCACAUAGGGAUAUGCAUCAGAUCCUGGACGCGUAUGAGAAACAGAAGUCUUUCUAUCUGUACACGGGCAGAGGACCCUCCUCAGAGGCCAUGCAUGUGGGUCACCUGAUCCCCUUCAUCUUCACCAAGUGGCUUCAGGACGUGUUUGACGUUCCUCUGGUCAUUCAGUUGACUGAUGAUGAGAAAUAUCUGUGGAAAGAUCUGUCACAGGAAGAGUGUCAUCGUUACGCGGUGGAGAACGCUAAAGACAUCAUCGCUUGUGGAUUUGAUGUUAACAAAACCUUCAUCUUCUCUGAUAUGGACUAUAUGGGGUCGAGUCCUUCCUUUUAUAGAAACGUUGUGAAGAUUCAGAAACACGUCACAUUUAAUCAAGUAAAAGGAAUCUUUGGAUUCACAGACAGUGACUGUAUCGGUAAAAUCAGUUUUCCAGCGAUUCAAGCGGCUCCGUCUUUCAGUAACUCAUUCCCACAGAUCUUCGGCGACAGAAAAGAUGUUCAGUGUCUCAUUCCAUGUGCCAUUGAUCAGGACCCGUAUUUCCGUAUGACUCGUGAUGUGGCCCCACGGAUUGGUUACCCCAAACCCGCUCUGCUGCACUCCACAUUUUUCCCGGCGCUGCAGGGAGCUCAAACCAAGAUGAGCGCCAGUGACGCAAACUCUUCUAUAUUCCUCACAGACACGCCCAAACAGAUCAAGAAUAAGGUAAAUAAACAUGCGUUUUCUGGAGGUAAAGACACUAUAGAGGAACACAGGAAGUUUGGAGGAAAUCCAGACGUGGACGUUUCCUUCAUGUAUCUGACAUUUUUCCUGGAAGAUGAUGAGCAGUUGGAGAAGAUCAGACAGGAUUACAGCAGUGGAGCUCUUCUGACCGGUGAACUGAAGAAAUGUUUAAUCGAGACCCUCCAGCCGAUGAUCACCGCUCACCAAGAGAAACGCAAACUAGUGACAGACGAAACCGUCAAACAGUUCAUGAGCCCACGCAAGUUAGACUUCAACUACUAGUUUAUCUAGAAGAGAAAUGAAUGAACGAGAGACUAAUUAAACACUGAGGUCUUCACAUGAACUGUUCAGAACAUUACAGAAGCAUCAGAAUCACAGCUGAUGAAGAAAACUGCAACAAAACUUGAUUAAAUAUCCUCUUCAUGUCCA